CUUCCGCGGCCGCCAGGGUGGGUCGGUCCGUCUGGCUGCGGCGCUGGCGGCGCGGCGGCCCUCGGCACGGCGGCGGCGCGGAGGAGAAGCGGCAGCGGGGCGCGGGGAGGCUGAGCGGCCGGAGCGGCUUUCAGGUAAAGUUUAUUAAAGGCAGCAAUGGAACGAUUUGGAGUGAAGUCUGCUCCAUCACGUAACCGCUCGAAGACUGCUUUGUAUGUAACUCCUCAGGAUCGUGUAACUGAGUUUGGCAGUGAGCUGCACGAAGAUGGAGGAAAACUCUUUUGUACCUCCUGCAACGUGGUUCUGAAUCACGUUCGCAAGUCUGCCAUCAAUGACCACCUCAAGUCUAAAACACACACAAAGCGAAAGGCAGAGUUUGAGGAACAGAACGUCAGGAAGAAGCAAAGGACUCUGACUGCCUCCCUUCAGUGCAACAGUACUGCCCAGACAGAGAAAACCAGCGUCAUCCAGGACUUUGUGAAAAUGUGCCUGGAAGCUAAUAUUCCACUGGAGAAGGCUGAUCAUCCAUCUGUGCGAGCCUUCCUGUCCCGCUACGUCAAGAAUGGCAGUUCGAUACCUAAGUCAGACCAGCUAAGGAAAGCAUACCUGCCUGAUGGGUAUGACAAUGAGAACCAACUCAUCAAUACUGAAGACCGUUGAGAAGAAAACUGUUUUCAUCAUUGUUGUGAAGUUUUACAUAUUGAUGGUGUGGUUUAUUUUUAUAUUCAUGCAUAUAUACAGUGUUACAUAUUGGUUUUACAAGAUAUUUUGUAUUAUUGUAGAAAUGACAAUCUAUUUCUGAACUUAGUGGUAUGCCACAGACUGUUGCUAACCCUGCUGUAGACUUCAGAGCUACACUGAUGUAGAACUCGUGAUGAAUGUAGGGGACAUACCUGGCAUACCUUUUAUCUACGUUCAGUCCAGCUGUAACUGACGCUAAGAAAAAGGCAUUUGGAUGGAGGACCUCACCUACCUAAAUAUACGAGGAAGAUGAUGCGAUAGGGAUUGUUAAUCAUGUCAGUGGAUUGCUUUGUCCAGUACCCUGUCCAUGAGCAACCAAGAAGAAGUGCUGCACAUUUGAAAUGCCAGAAGUUGUAGAAUGGUUAGUUAAAAUAUAACUGCUCUGUUGGGGGAGGAUUAUUGCAAAUAAUCAAGUUCAUUUCAAUCAAGUCACAUUGCACAUAUUCAAGUUCAGUUUAUGUUCUAAAACGGAAAACCUUUUUCUUCUAAAAUACUCUUAUCCUAUUUGAAGCAACUGUGGAUGUUUUCAUUAUCUAGCUUAAUUAGCCAGUCUCUUAUUUUGACCUCUGAACUCCACUAUUAUCACAAAGUUAGGAGUUCUGCAGGUUUACCAUGCCCACUCUUUUAAUUCAGUUGUUUCAUUGCCUCGGUUUAACAUGUCCCCUUCAGUUUCAGUGCCAACCUUUGAAAGUUGAGUAGACAAACCAGUAACUAAGUGUGGUUUGCAGUGCAGCUGCUGGGAAGUGAAACUUUUACUGGGCCUAGGUCUUAGAAGAGACGAUUAAUGCCUUUUUCUUACUAGCAGGACAAAGGAUGCUAAAUCUAAACUGGGAGUUGGGGGGCACUAAAUUGCAGAGUUCAGAAGGCUUUUUUUACAGUGCACAGGAGAAGAGGAUCCCCCAUCUUUCCCUGAGGGUCCUCUAUAUCUCUGGCCUUGUCCUCAGCCUUUUAAUCAAAGGAGGUAAAGCGAUUAAAAUAGUUUCCAAAGUAGUUGCUGCAAAAGCUAUUCAAUACCUGUAAGCACAAACAGGAAAAUUAAAGCUAUACGGGAAUUACAGACCCAGGCCAUAUUUCUUUCUCUGUAUCAAGGCCACAUCUACUGGACUAGCAAAAAGUAAAGUGGGAAAGUGCAGAAUUUCAAUAACAUUACCCUCUCCGAAAUCUAGUAAGCGAUUACUGAGCUAAUGCAAGUUAUUAUGCCAAAUAGCCCCCUUGAUGCAAAUGCUCAAUAAAGAUUUUGAAUUAAAUGAGGGAGGACUGUGCAAAGUGCUGGAAUACAUCCUACUUCUGCUUGCUGUCAAUUUCCUUGGGAUGCUUUGGGUUCAGGGAGGUGCCAAGUGUCUUCUAGCAGCACAGAAAUCCUCUGCUCUGUGGAUAGGAUGGUGUAAGCAUGCUUUAACUCCUUUGGGUGGAGCCAGUUGUUCAGUUCAGCUUCUUUUCUCCAGUAGAUCUCAGUAUUUUUUUUAUUCCAGAUAUUUAGGGCAAUACUAAGUAAUUGCUAAAAGGAGACAAAAUAACUCAUUUUUUUUUUCUGUAGCUAUUUCCCUAGCUAUUUCUAGAGCAGUCUCUUUUGCUGGAUUGAGAGAGACUUACAUACUUAGUAACAACUGGUUUUGGUGCAAUCAGCUUCUACAGAAAUGCACUUGGGUUAUAUUAUAAACUUGUCUUGUAGGCUUCUGCUAUGAGAUCUGUUUGAGUAAAGGGACAAAACUAAGAAGGCUUCCUAUCCAUCUGUACCAGUACUCGAGUCCUCGGUAUGUUGCCGCACCUUUGGUCCUUGUUGAAGCCAGAGGGACUCCCAUGCCAUCAUAGCAAUCCUGUCAAUGAUAUUGGUUGCUGGUUUAGAACUUCAGACAGAAAUGACAGCAGUAAUUUCUUUUCUCUAAUCCUAGUUAUCAACAUAUGCCUUCCAAAAUAUCAUUUGCUGUUGCACAGGCUUGGGUUUAGCUUAAGAUCAUGAACUGCCUUGAACUACAACUGUUUUAUAAAUCUUCUUAAGCCAAGUGAAAGGGACACUGCCAAUAGCCUUUUCUGUCCUGAUAAUAAUUGAACGUGUUCUUUUACAGCUGCUGUUUCAUUACAGUGAAACAACAUCCUCGCUUUAAUUUUAUUUUUUUAACCUUGUGAAUGCAAUCUUAGAAUUGAAGCAAAUGGAAAACAAUGGAGUUAUCGAGAAAACAGGCUUCCAUUAAGCAAAAGCAUCUAGAGAAGAUGGUAUGAUUAAAUGGUAUGAAUUUGGGCAAGUUAGCUCAGUUCUUGCUAACAUGGGGUUUCACAGGCUGCGCCCCAUAACCAUUUUAUAUAAGAAUUAACGCUGUAUGUCUUUCCCUUGACUGGCAAGCUGACAAACAUUUUUAAAAGCUUAAUGGUAACAUUAAAUAUGCUCUCGUACAACUGAAAAAAAAAAUAAUAAUCAAGUUACUUUCAUUUAUACGGCUUUACAUAAAAAUAAAAGCAGCAUCAACAGCUUUUGUUAAAAAGAUAAAACGAGCCAUUUUGAGUAAGGCAAAGCAAUAUUAGAACACUUAAGUUCUCAAAAGCUUACUCUACUUAUAAAGCAAUCUGUGUACAGAGCCUCAAUUUACAGAAUUAACACAAUUCUGAACAUAUUUUCGGUGAUUAUUCUAGUACCAAUUUAUUUUUUAAGGAGAAUUACUGCAGAGGGUACAAACCUGGUGAGGAACCUUAUCAGUGCAGCCAUAGGCUAAAAACUCACAAAAAUUUGGAAGCAAAAACUGGUCAACAGGAUUUUGAAUGGAACUGACAGCAGAUUGUAGGACACUAGUGUCUUAAUAAAGGGAAAACUGUUAAAAAAACCCCACACAACUUUUUUCAAGCUUUUUGAAAAUUCAAGAUGCUGAUCCAUUGCAACAACCAUUCAUAAUGGAGUAAAACGAUGAAAAAUAAAGCACUUCCAAGUAACCUAGAAACAAUAAUGAGUAAGUAAGUUUAUAUUCAUGGGCAUAACCCAGAUCAUCAACAAGACACACUUAUUUUCUUUAAAAGUAAAAAUGGUUCCAGUCAGUCUGGGAACAGAGUCCUGCAAACACUUAAGUUCAGAGCAUAACUUUGCUGGUGUGGCUAUAGCUGGAUAAAGCAUAACCUUGGUUUAAUUGCUAUUGAUCUUAGGAAAGUUUUGCAGCAGAAGUUUCUGGUGUACCUAAGUAAUAACAAAUCCCUAGAACAGAGGCUGUGGCUAAGUUGUUUAACAGUCUUCAUGGGGUUUUCCUUUUUUGUCUGCAAGAACAUUGCAUUAUUUUUCCAUGUAUUUCCUAUAAAGAGUAUACUCUCAGAAGUUAAGGGACGGUAAUAACGUCUGCUUUUCAUUUUGCAUACAUAUGUAGGGACAAGCUAUACGGAAUACUUGUUGCUAGGUGGUUUUAUUAAUACAUUUUAAACUGUAAUUGAAAAAAAGAAAGAGAAAGAAAAAGAAGAAAUAUUUUCUUCUCUGACCAUGUACUUGUAUUAAUUUAGCCAACUCAGAGCUAAAAUUACUCCAAAGUGCUUUUCUUGGAACAACACUUUCAAAGAGUAAAAUACAAACAGGAACAUUCUCUGUUUCGUGACUACUUACAUAUAUGCAUCAUUUUAGUUUCAGCUUGCAUGUUCUUGAAACAGCAUAAGCAAGUUCUAAUAUUUUUAAGCAUUUUCAAGCCUAUAAUUUGGCAGGUCCCUAGAGGAGGUGAAACAUUCACCAUAAUGAAAGGGAAAGCUGUUUUUCAAUUGAGAGAGAAACUUGGUUCUGCAAAGUAUGGGAUAUUCUCAUGAUAGAAGGACUAUUUUUAGCCAGAGCCCCUUUUAGCGAUUCUGUUGAACUGAACAGUGAAAUGGUCCCUGCUAGGUUUUGCAGCAUAAUGAGCUGGUUUUCAGGAAAAAGAAAAAAAAAAAAAAGAAAAAAAAGAAUAAAAAAGCUGGAAGUUUGGCAAGGAUGAUCUCUAUUUAUAUUUACAUAUAAAGAGAGGCAAGACUCACUGUUGUUGUGUUCACAUUGUACUCACUGCUAACUCUUUGUGUAAUUUGAGUGCUUGUUGUCUUUGUACAAUUUUAAGGUUGUGUCUAACUUUCAAAAUAAAUUGUUUUUAACAAAGCUUCUCUUUGUAAUAAUGCUAUUAGAGAUUGCUCUCUUUUGGGCUAGUGAAGAUGCUUUAUUUUUGAUUUGGUGGUAAAGAUGUUUUGCUGAUGGUAAGUGGCCACAGAAACGGCUUUAUUUAAAAAAAGCGAUGAACUUACAAUUAGAUACUGGAGUGAGACUGAAAAUACCUGUGUCCUGCAGUGCCACAAGACUUCCCGUUAGAACAGUAAUAUCAGAGUAAGUGAUUUAAGUUUUUAUAUUAAAAUAUUAAUGAAAAAGAAAUACUUUACUUUGUAAAGUUUUCACUCAGUAAUGGAAAAAUGGUCCUUUUUUAAAAAAAUAAAUAAAUAAACAAAUUCCUUUUUCAUAGAA